GGAAUGUUAGGUCCACAGCUGAACAUAUUUAGAGGGAGUUAAAUGAGAUUGUACUCUUGUUUGAUAUUGGUCAAAAUGAAGGUGCAUGUGCUUCUCUUGGCCCUGCUGCAGUGUCUGGGAUGCUCUGGCAUCCCACUGUACAACUUGGAGCUGGAGUCUAUGGCAGACAGGGGUUUUGGAGCUUCUCUGGCAGAGGUCAAUUCUCUGUAUGCUGUCAACCAUCUUUACCGGGUGACUCAAGGCUCCAUCUCAAGGGUUAUUCCUGUGGGCCUGAACACUACUGACCUGCUGAUGAUAUUUCGCAUUAAGGAGACAGAGUGUGCGAAGGCUUCCAGAAGCGACCCGCAAACAUGUUCCUUCAGACCUGGCUUCUUUGUGCCCUCCUUCUCCUGCUCCAGUCGGGUGAGGAUGUCCACCACGUCGGCCCAGGUGGUCUCUCUCAGGUGCAGCCAUGGCAGCAGCAGCUCCAGCUCCAGCUCAGAGUCCAGUGAGGAGAUAUUCUCAAGAGGGAGACACCAGGUCAACAACCCAAGCAGGGACUCAGCUCCUUUUGCAACUCCUCCACCUCCAACUGUCCUGCCUGUUCGCCCCCUCCACAGCCAGCCUGUGAACGUCAGGCCCAGAGGAGACGUGUUCAGCAACCUCCUUGAGUGAGAAUUCAGCUCACUCUGGAAACAUUUCGGUGCUAAUCAGAAAACAAACUUGAAUUAAAAGGAAAUUGCACAUUGUGGAUUUUGUCCCUUUUUAUUCUUAUUUUUUCCUAUUUGUUUACAUUUACAAGCCAGUGACUCAUCAGUGAACCACAUAAGAAAAACACAUGCUCAUGACGCUGAAGUGUUGGCUUCAAUAAAUCCCCAUAAAUAAACCUAGGGGCUAUAAAAGGGUCCAAAAUUCUUAGUAUAACCACUAGAGGGAGUGCGAUGUCCACUGAACUAAUAAAUGCUGUUCCCAUUUUAACUGUACUGUAACAAUCAUGAUGCUUAAAUGCAUUACAUUAAUUACAGUGGGUACAGAAAGUAUUCAGGCCCCCUUAAAUUUUUUC